UCAUAUACAAACAUUCUCAUGGAAAAGUCACUAUGCUGGAAUUUUAAUCAUGAAGACAAUAUUCAUUUUCUUUUUUGUGUUGAAAGUUUCCCUGCAAGUUAACAUAAAAGAUGCAAAUUUGUGUGAAGGAAAACCAAGUCCAUGCUGUGCCGGCUAUAUGUGGAGUGCAAAUUCUGGCUCAUGUGUAGCAUGUCCGUUAGGAUACUUUGGACCUAAGUGCAAACGGCAAUGUCCCUAUCCCCAGUUUGGAAGAUUUUGCCAGAGAAGAUGUCUUUGUGAAAGAAAGAAAUGUAACAAACGUACAGGAUGUCUCAGAGAUAUUAAUCCAGGUGUAUUGCAAACAGUGAAACCAUUUUUGACGACAACUGAAUUAUUCUCAGCUUUGAACAAAAGUAAUGCAAUACCAGAGGGUUUCCUAAGAUCAAGAGGACAAGAGGAUAACUAUGUCCAAAGGGAAUCCAUUGCAGUAAGAGACGAAGACAAAGCGACACCUAUCAGAUACACCAUCGUCAGUCUUGUGGGUUUAUCUGUCCUUCUGAUGACUCUGUACUUCGUCUCCACUGUAUUUAAGAAAUACAGACGACCAGGGAAAUCAAUAAACCUAGAAAAAAGAGAGAAUAUGGUCAAUAGUGCUCAAGAAAAAGGAGAAAGAUUUUGAAGAUGAACCUGGUGCAGAGUUUGUAGUAUAUCAUGAAGGACUUGUUUUGCCUAAUUUCAAUGACAUACUUUGAUAUGUGUAUCCCUGCUCAAAAGUGUAAAAUUGUAUAUAUUCUUUUUCUAAAUGCAAUGAAAAAUGUAAAACUCUCUACUCCAGAUAUCCUUUAGUGCAUUGGAUUUGAUCAAGAAUGAUGACUUGAAUUGAUUAAAUUCAAUAUGAAAAAUUAGGAACGUUUUUUCAGUAAGAAAUUAUUAAUAUUUGUUUCCCAUGUUAGAAUAACUGAAAAACUGAAAAAAAAAUAUUAGAACUUAAUAAAUUAAAUAU